UCAUGGAGGUGCAACUGCAGGCCCCUCGGCCCCGGCGGCUGCUCUUCUUCCUCAUAUGCUUCUUCUCCGGUCUGGCCACAUGCCGCUCCGCCGUGGACGCGCCUCCGACGCUCAUCGACAGCCUUCCAGGGUUCGACGGCGCGCUCCCGUUCCGCCUGGAAACUGGGUACGUGACCGUGGACGAGGAGAACGGCGGCGAGCUCUUCUACUACUUCAUCGAGUCGGAGGGCGACCCACGGCGCGACCCGCUCCUACUCUGGCUCCCCGGCGGCGACCGCUGCACCGUGCUCCAGGCGUUGCUGUUACAGCUGGGUCCGUUGAGGUUCGUCAUCGAGCCUUACAAUGGGACGACGGCCACCGCGCCGCGCCUUCACCACCAUCCCUACUCCUGGACUAAGGCUGCCAGCGUUCUGUUCCUCGAUUCGCCGGUCGGAGCCGGGUUUUCAUUCUCCCAAAACCCCAAAGGAUAUGAUGUUGGAGAGGUCUCUUCUUCACUGCAGGUUAAAACGUUCCUCACCAAGUGGUUCACAGAGCAUCCAGAUUACCUCGCAAAUCCUUUUUAUGUCGGAGGAGCCUCGCAUGCGGGAAAAUUCGUCCCAUUCAUCGCGCAGAAGAUCUCAGAAGAUAUUGAAGCUGGAAUGACGCCAACAGUUAAUCUGAAGGGUUAUCUGGUAGGCAAUCCGGGUAUAAGUGAAGGCAAUUUCUAUGAAUGGAAAGUGCCAUAUCUGCAUGGAGUUGCAGUAAUUUCAGAUCAACUAUACGAGUCGAUAAUGGAGAACUGUCAAGGGCAUUAUACCAACCCCACGAACGCGCUUUGCGCUCGAGAUUUGGAAAGGUUUGACGAUCUGUUUGGCCAAAUUGAACAUGCACACAUUUUGUACAAAAAGUGUGAUAGUGUGCCUUCUGGACCAAUUGACCCGAUCAUAGAAAGAAAGAUCUUGACGGAGGAAACUGGAGUACUAAAACAUCAACCAACUUGCCCUCCGUUGGAUUGUCAAAGUUAUGGUGGAUACCUUUCAUAUUAUUGGUCAAACAACAACAUCACUAGGGAAUCCCUUGGGAUCAAGAAGGGGAGCAAGGACGAAUGGGUGUUGUGCGACGAAAAUGAUAUGCCUUAUUCUUCGGACAUAGAGAGUAGCCUAAAGUAUCAUCGUAAUAUGACAUCAAAAGGUUAUCGUGUCUUGGUAUAUAGUGGAGACCAUGAUGCCAUUAUACCAUUUCUGGGUACAGAAUCUUGGGUGAGAUCACUCAAUUAUCCCAUUUUGGAUGAAUGGAGGGCUUGGCAUCUUGAUGGACAGUCUGCUGGAUUCACUAUAACAUACAAAAAUAACCUGACGUUUGCUACCGUGAAGGGUGGUGGACACAGUGUGCCGGAGUACCAACCAGAGAGAGGCCUCGCUAUAUUCAGUCGUUGGAUUUCCGGUGAGCCCCUUUGAUGAGGCAUCUGAGUAAUGUAAGAGGUAUUGGAGCACCCAAGUGUAUGAGUGUGGUACUUGAAUAUGUCUGAAUGUUGUAAGAGUAAAUACCCGAAAGUACGAUGGUAGUACCCAUUUGAGUGUUAGAGGUACGUAUUUGGAUCGGAGUAUACUAUAUAAUAUAAACCGCUUUUUGUUAAGUGGUGUAAGUAGAGUUCAUUUUAUUUUUAGCCGCCAUGAUUGAAAUUUUGUUUACCUGGUGAUUGAGACUUGAAUAUUCC